AUGGAAGAUGAAGCACGUGCUUACCGUGAGGCUCAUUUCCAAGAAGAGUUGGACUCUUUAAAGGAUAGUGUGGCUCGCCUUACUAGCUUACUCGAACAAGUACUAAGGAAUACCUCGGGUGAAGGUCCUUCAGCUAGGCCCGCUCCUCUCCCAACAAACCAACCUGAAGAGGUAAUGGGAGGACAUGCACAGGAGCCCCAACACAAUCCAGUUUUCAUGCAGUCGCCAACACCUGUACCACCUGUACCAACACCAGUACCAAUUGUCAUGGAUGCAUUCGUUAAUGAGUCCCACAAAACUAAGCCCUCUGAGGAUCUUGAUCAAGAUAAGAUGGCAGCACUAGAGGCCAGGAUUAGGGCCAUUGAGGGAAUAGACUUAUAUGACCCUGUGCGAGCUGUGGAAAUGUGUUUAGUCCCUAAUGUGGUGGUACCAAAGAAAUUUCGAGUUCCGGAAUUUAUCAAAUACACCGGCACUCAAUGCCCUGUUACCCAUCUCAAAUCUUAUUGUAACAAAAUGGCAGAAGUAGUUCACGAUGAAAAACUACUAAUGCAUUUCUUCCAAGACAGCUUGAGUGGAGCGGCAUUGAGUUGGUAUAUGAGGUUAGAUAAUACCAGGAUCCAUACAUGGAAGGACCUCGUGGAUGCUUUCAUCAAGCAAUAUAAAUACAACAUGGAUAUUGCUCCUGACAGAACCAGUUUGUCUAACUUGGAGAAAGGAGAUAAGGAAAGCAUAAGAGAGUAUGCUCAAAGAUGGAGAGAUUUGGCAGCACAAGUCCACCCCCUUCUCUUGGAAAAGGAAAUGGUUGCUCUAUUUGCUAACACAUUAAAAGCGCCAUAUUAUGAACACGUGAUGGGUAGUUCGGCCCAACAAUUCACGGAUUCUGUGGCCGUGGCUGAACGAAUAGAACAAGGAGUAAAAAGUGGAAGAAUCUCUGCACCUGUGGAAAAAAAAGGUUUCGGAGCGAAGAAGAGAGAGAUCGACCAUGUCGAAAGUAGUUACAAAAGCAAGAAAGGCCCUUUCCAAACAUAUAACCCUCAAUCCUCUUCACCCCAAGUGGCCAACACCAACUUCAACUUUCCAAGUCCAGCCAGGAAACUUGAACCCCAAAGCCACCAACUGCUAAGUAUUGGGCAAGUAGUCCCUGUGCCUUUGGUACCCCUCCAACCACCUUACCCCAGCUGGUAUAAGCCGGAUCUCACUUGCGAAUACCAUGCCGGUAUAGCUGGACACAACAUCCAUACUUGCAAUGCCUUUAGGAGGAAACUUCUGCAACUGAUCAAAGCAGGAUGGAUAUCAUUUGAAGAUGCCCCUAGUGUCAAUGCAAACCCUCUACCCAAUCAUGCUUCGGGUAGUGGGUCUGUAAACAUGUUAGAAGAGGGGCACUCAAAGAUCUUAAAGGUGUCAAUAGAUAGGAUCUACCAAAUGAUGGUAGAUGCAAGGUAUGAAGAGGGUAGCGAGAAAUGUUGUGCACUUCAUAAUGAAAAAGGCCACGUGAUCAGCCAUUGCGAGGGCUUUCAUAAAAAAGUAAUGCAAAUGAUGAGUCGAGGGAUGUUGCGAAUUGAGAAAGCAACGAAUGAAGAGGUGUUCAUGAUGGAGGCACCAAAGAAAGAGGUGUGUCGAGUACAAUUCACUACCGGAAAGCCACCCAGAUUGGUCUUGUCCAAACCAGUAGUGGAAUAUAAAGGGAACUAUAGUGCUUUACCUCACGACUAUGGGUACUCUUUCAAAAGCACUCCGCAACCGCCUAUCUUUCAAGCAGAAAUUAGGGGUUUGACCCGUAGUGGCAGAUGUUUCACCCCAGAAGAGUUGGAAAAACAAAGAAAGGCUAAAGGAAAAGAAGGGGCUGACGUAACUGAAGAAAUAAACAAACCUGUCACGGAAGAGGAAACCAACGAAUUCCUAAAGCUGAUGAAACACAGUGAAUAUAGUGUUGUGGAACAACUCAAGAAAACACCAGCCAGAAUAUCGUUAUUUUCUCUGAUUCUAAGCUCUGAGCCACAUAGAAAGGCUUUACAAAAAGUACUGAAUGAAGCAUAUGUUCCUCAAGACAUCAAUCAAGAAACCAUGGAACAUUUAGUGGGAAGAAUCCAAGCCUCGAAUUAUAUAUACUUCACUGAAGAUGAAUUGAGUCCUGAUGGUACUGGGCACAACAAGCCGUUAUACAUUACGGUGCGUUGCAAGGAUAUUCUGAUCGGAAAGGUGCUCAUUGAUAAUGGUUCUGCAUUGAACGUGCUACCAAUGCAUAUGUUGAAAGAAAUGCCUGUCGAUGAGUCACACAUGAAGCCUAGCACCUUGAUGGCGAGAGCAUAUGAUGGUUCGCCAAGGCCGAUCAUUGGGACCCUAGAAGUAGAGCUAUAUGUGGGACCACAAAUGUUCUUGAUAACAUUACAAUAUAUCAUGAACGGAAUGCUUAUAACUGUCAAAGCCGAAGAGACGGUUUCCAUGAUAAGAAAUGUGGCCAUACCUUUUAUUGAAGCAGAAGAUUGUAGAGAUGGGAAUAUUCAUGCUUUUGGAAUUGUGAAUGCAGAAUGGGUUCCUGAAGGAACAGUGCUGAGAAAGCCUCAAAUCCCAGAAACGGCAAAGAUGGUUGCCAAAUGCUUUUUAAAGAAUGGGGUUCCUUUUCAAUGUAAUCUUGAGACUAAAAUGCCCAGCCUGAUCAAGCCAAACUAUGCAAAUCAAAGAUUUGGGCUUGGAUAUAAGCCCAAGAAAGAUGAUUACAAGCGGGUCACUCAAGUUAAAAGAGAAGCAAGAAUGGUGAGAAUUGAAGGAAGAGAGCCAGAAGAAGAAGAAUUUGUCAUCCCACCACUCCGAGUGUCUUUCCCAAGGGCUGCAGAAAUGAUUAGAUCUGGCAUAGUGGAUCUUCACAUCAAUACCUUGGAGAGCCAAGAAGAAAAAUGA